AUGCAUUUAUUGGUCAAGAUUCUGCUCAUCCUUGGGUCCACCAGCGUGACCGCCGAACUUCGAGAGAAACCAAAAUUUCAAGUGAUUCGCGCCGUCGCUGAAAAUCUCCAACAAUUAAACGCGCUUCGAGACAUCCACUUGAAUACUCAGCAUGAGCUUGACUUCUGGUUGACACCUUCAAAAGUUGGACAUCGAGCUGAUAUUAUGGUCGACGAUGAGAAAUUCGAAUUUCUAUCCGAUGUCUUGCAACGAAAUAAUGUGUCCUACAAUAUAAUUAUUGAUGACGUGGAAAAGUUAAUCAUUGAUAAAGAGCACAAGCCAAAAAAACUGCACCUUUUCGGGAAGCGGCUCAAUAACGAAGGGGGAAAUCGAGCAAGGUACGGCUUCGGAGAAUAUCACUCCUAUGCCACAAUCGUCGAUUAUAUGAGGGAUAUUGAGAGGAAAUAUCCGAACAGAGCUCGCGUUUUCUCGAUCGGAAAAACCGUUGAAGGAAGAGAUAUUUACGCGAUUAAAAUUGGACAAAAUAUUGUACAAAACAAGCGAAUUUUCUGGAUCGAUGGUGGAAUUCACGCGAGGGAAUGGGCUGCCGUCCACACUGUCGUCUGGUUUAUCGACCGUCUUAUUGCCGAUUCUGAAGAUGACCCAAUUAUUCGUGAAGCUCUUUCAAAGAUGAACUUCAUUGUUGUCCCGGUGGCGAACCCGGACGGUUACGAAUAUACGAGAAGCGAUGUUUCUCCAAUGGUUCGCCUCUGGCGUAAAAACCGAGCUGGAGUUGUCUGCAAAAAAGAUCGUUGGUUCCGUGAUCGUUGCUGUGGUGGUGUCGAUUUAAAUCGAAAUUUUGACUGGUAUUUUGGAGAAGUCGGAUCCAGUACUGACAAAUGUUCGGAGAUCUAUCAGGGAGCUUUUGUUUUCAGUGAAAACGAGUCAAGGGCUAUUGCUAAUUUUUUCAAGACGCCAGAAGUUAAAGAUAAAGUUGAUGGUUUCAUCACUGUUCACACCUACUCGCAAAUGUGGAUUCAUCCGUAUUCACACCAACGGAAAACCGUCCCAAAUGAUAUUAGAGAUUUGGAGAGAGUCGGAAGAGCUGCGGUUUCUGCGUUAGAAAACACAUUUGGCACAAAAUAUCGCUUCGGAACCGGAUCGGACAUACUGUAUCCUUCAUCUGGAGGUUCCGACGAUUGGGCGAAAGGAAAAGCCGGCGUGAAAUAUGUGUAUUUGAUCGAGUUGCGACCCGGCGAGGAUGUUUGGGACGGCUUCAUUCUCGAUCAGCACCAGUUAAUACCGACAGCUAAAGAAACAUGGAACGGCGUUAAAGUUGUUAUCAAGGCGGUUUCUGAUAUGCAGCGAACUGACCCAGACUCAUCCUUUGUUUCUUCUAUGCCGCCGCCAAUUACAACGACGACUACUUCAACCACCACCACCACCACCUCUACCACCACUACCACAACCACCAUUGCGCCAACCACGCAAUUCGUGACUCCAACGGAACCAAAUAUUCUUGAAUUUAUGUUCACCAACGCACCAAUCGCCACCACCAGCCCACCAAUCCAUUUGGACGCUUCUUAUAAGCUUGGCAAACGCCGCUUUAAAUUUGUAUCUAUUAAAACAUUUAUGCUUGCUACACCCGCUUGGCUUUUGGCCACAAGCACGAUGGCGCCGACACCGCCACCGUCACCAUUAAUCGCACCAUCGUCAUCCGCCAAUUCACUUAUUGAUUUUGUAGGACGGCCGCCGGUGGCUGCGUUCGUUCGAAGGCCAGCGAGCAGCACGAUCAAACGACUUCGUCCAGGAUUCAGAAGGCCAUCGGGAUCGUCGCCGCAUGUUAUGCCAGCUUUUAGAAGUCGCACUUCUAGCGCGGUUUCUUUGAGCUCCAGUGUUCCGCAGAGCACUCAACUACGAACUUCUUCACAAUCCGGAAGGUGUGCUGAUCGCUCUGCGUGGUGCAGCGCUUGGCUCAAUUCGAAUAGGAAUGUUUGCCAAAUUUCCUCGAUUUAUAUGCGAAGGGAUUGCGCGAGAACAUGCGGAUUUUGCCGCUAA